CUUCCCCGCGAGAUAACCGCUUCCUUCCCCUCACGCGUCCGGCUCAACAAUCGCCGACGCGCUCACACCUUAGAUGCAGUGAGGCUUCAGUAGGUAUAUAAUACUGUCAAGUGGCACGGGACAAGGCGGGCACUCGGUUGGCGUUGCCAGAGAGGCCUCUUGAUUGGACGCAGCGCAAUUCAGACUGCACAGGGCGAUAUUGCAAUUUGAGCCUAAAAGGCAUACUGCACCAGGUUCUGGGUACCGCAGCGCAGCGUGUCGCCGGGCGCAUGGUUCGUUCCCGCUAGCCGCUAAGGCUCGCUAACGAGUUACAUGACAUCGUCAUGGCUUAGCAAGCGCGUGGCUGCUUUAUUGCUUUUGGUACCCCUCCUUGCUGCUGGUAACCAUGUAAGAGGCAGCGACGUCCUGGGACGGCGAGCACGACAUCUCGCCGCCGACGGCCCUAGCAAUGCCACAAGUGCCAACAGCAGCAGCGGCCUGACGCCCUCGCCAGCGGCAGCCAACACGACCGCCAGCGCGCAGCCGUCUCCAGCGGCGCUGCCAGCCACCUACGGCAGCCAGCCGCCCACCGCCGCAGCGCCGCCCUAUUAUGGCGGCGGCGGUGGCGGCGGGUGGGCUGCAGCACCGCCGUAUGGCGGCCUAUAUGGUGGUGGCGGUGGCGGCGGCAAUGUUACCAACAAGCCGCCGUCACCAGUGCCGCCCUCUCCGGCACCGCCGGCCGGGCCGCUGUGCCACCAGCCCGCCUGCUUCCCGGCGCUCAGCGCCGCAGCCACCAACGCCACCAAUGCCACCAAUGCCACCAAUGCCACCAGCGCCACCAACGCCACCGCGCUCGCGGUGUGCCCCUACCUGCUGCUGACGGCGGCGGAGUGGGCGGCCGCCGCCGCCGACGCCGCGGACCCCAAGCUGGCGGCGGCAGGCCGGGUGCUGGCAGCCAACUGGACACAGCUCCUGGAGUCCGGCUACUUCCGGCUGGGCUCCGGCACGCCAGCCGACCUCACUGCCAAUACGUUCCUGUUCACGGAACCGCCGGCGCUGACGUGCUUCCUGCGCCGCCAGCUGGCGGCGCCGCCGCCGGCAACAGCGCCGGCGCUGCUGCCGCUCCGCGCCAUGGUACGUGUGGCGCGGCCCGUGCCGCCGCCGCCCGCCAACAGCACCACUGAGGCAGGCAGCGGCUGCACUCUUGCGGAGCCGGUGGCCUACUACGGCCCCUGGGUGGCCGAGAUGCUCGCGCUCAAGCUCAACCUGCUGCUGCAGCCGUCGCUCGUGACGCCGCAGCCGCCGCCCGGCGGCGCGCCCGCGCUGGGCGCGGCCGUUUUCGCGCAGCUGGCCCCCACCGCCAACGCCAGCGCCGCCAACGCCACGGUUCAGCCCUGCAGCUGCAUGACCGUGGGCUCUGUGCUGGCGGCGGCGGAGGCUGCCGUCAGCGGUGUCACAGUCAACGGCCGCAACGCCACCAUCUGGUCGUACGACAGUUGCGCGCGGGCCAUCGCCCUCACCUUUAACAACCAGACCAGCUGCGCCGCCGCAGCCGCCGCCGGCGACAGGGCGCUGUGCACGCCGUUGUCGGCGCCACCGUCGCCGCCGCGCUCGCCUACCCCACCGCCGUUGCCUCCCAUCGGCUGCCACGGUGCCUCCUGCUACGCCACGCAAACACCCAGCCCCUCCUCCUGCCCCUUCCUGGCCUACGCGCCCGAGGAUUGGGCCGCGCUGAACCGCAGCACGCCUGCCGCCCGCCUGCUCACACUUAACUGGACCUCCGUGUUCGCCACGCCGGGUGCCAACGGCAGCCUGACCCUGGGCCGCCCAAGCGCCGGUCCACAGCUGCACCUGACCAGCCCUGCCUCGGUGCAGUGCUUCCUGUGGCUGCAGCUGCGCGCGCCGCCCGCGACGCAGGUGCCCGCGCCGCUGCCGCUGGGCGGCGUCAACGUGACCUUCACCGCGCGCGUGCUCGACAACGGCACCGCCGCCUGCGAGCUGCUGCCGCCCGACUUGCUGCGCCUGGGCGUGGGCACUUGGGCGGCGGAGCUGCUGGCGAUGGAGCUCGAUGCGCGGCUGGGCGAGGCCCUGGCCUCCAGCAAUGUGACGGCGGCGGCGACGCUGACGGCGGCGGGCGCCCGCUACCAGUACGCAAGCGAGCUGGUGCGGCCGUCGUUGGCCGGCUCCAUUUUCCACGCGUCGUACUCGCGCCGUCAGUGCGCCUGCCAGUCGGUGCGCGGCGUGCUGAACAGCGCCUGGGCCUUGUACAUCAGCAACGACACCGCGGCGGCGCCGGCGGCCGGCGGUGCCGUGAGCGACUGCGCCGCCGACCUGCUGCGGACGUACGUGGACGGCACCUGCACCAGCAACCGCUCGCUGCCGCUGCUGUGCCCCGGCCUUGGCGGCGGCGGCGGCGGCGGUGGUGGCGGCGGAAAUGGAACGGCUUCGCCCUCUCUGCCUCCGCCGGCUCCGGCAGCGGUGCCAAGCAACGCCACCUCGCCGCCGCCGGCGUCCCGGCUGCCACCCGCGCCCGGGAACUCCAGCGCUGUGGGCGCGCCGCCGCCGUCACCCGCGGCGCUGCCCGGAAACGGCACGUCGCCCUCGCCGCCCAGCCCCGCGCCGCCGCCGUCACCCGCGGCGCUGCCCGGAAACGGCACGUCGCCCUCGCCGCCCAGCCCCGCGCCGCCGCCUCGCCCGCCGUCGCCGCCCAUGCCUUGGCCGCCGGCGCCCGCUCUGGCGUGUACGGGCCCUUGCAUCGCGCCCGGCACGCCCUGCCCCUACCGCCUCUACGUCGGCGGCGCCUGGUCGCCGGGCAACCUGACGUCCGUCAACGCCGCCACGCGCCUCCUGAACAACACCUGGGAGCUAUUCGCAGACACUGGACUCCCGGAUGACCCCACCUUCAUCCUGGGAUCCAGGAACGGAUCCCGCCUGGAGUUUCUGGAUCCAGCCAGCCUGCAGUGCUUCAUGCGGCUGCAGUACUCCCGGUCCUCCGUGCUCAUGCCCGACGGCGUGACGCCCGCCAAUGUCACCAACGCCACACUGCCGCUGCCGCUGACGCGCGUGCUGGGCUUUGGCGCCACCAUCAACGCCACCACCGGCCGCUGCGUGCUCGCCGCCGCCGAGGACGCCACGCGCUUCGUGGGCGCCUGGUUGGCAGACCUGGUCGCGUUCAAACUGAACCUGCGCCUGUCAGCGGCGCUGCGCGCCGGCGCCGUGCCAGGCGGCGAGAAUGCCAGCGUGGCGCUGGGCGACACGGUGUUCGCCAACGUGUGGCCGCCGUCGCCGCCGGGCGUGCUGUCCGUGCGCGGCUGCGCCUGCGCCGGCGUGACGGCGACGCUGGCAAAGGCGGAGGCUGGGCUGGCGGGACUGCCUGGCAGCAAGGUCAACGACGCGCCGGCGGCCGCGGGCUGCGGCAACGCCGUCGCGGCGCUGUACACAGACAACACCUGCGCACGGGUGCCGGCAGUGGCGCCGCCGCUGGUGUGCGCGCCGCUGCCGCCGCCACCUGUGCCGCCGUCGCCGCCGGUGACAGGCAAUGCGCCGCCGGUGCCGCCGGUGCCGCCAUCGCCGGUGCCGCCGUCGCCGCAGCCGCCCUCACCGUCGCGGGACAUACCGACGCCGUCAGCGUACCCGCCGCCGCCGUCGCCGCAACCGCGUCCGCCGUCGCCCAAGCCCCCGGUGCCGCCGGCACCCGUUCUUAACAAGCCUCCCAGCCCCCGUGCUCCCAGCCCCUCCCCUCCCAGCCCCGCGCCCUCACCGCGGCCGCCUUCACCCCGCCCCCCGGUGCCGCCCAGCCCCUUCCCGCCGGCGCCGCCCGCCUGCACCGACACCUGCUUCCCACCGGGCCAGCCCUGCCCCUUCCUGGUGUACGGCGCACCCGCCUGGUUUGCCCCGUACGACGCCAGCCCCGCCUCCACCCUCCUGAACCAGUACUGGGCCAACCUGGCGGAUUUCAACGACGACGGCAUCUUCAUCCUUGGAUCCAGCAUGGGGCCGCACUUUGAGUUCCUGGAUCCGGAUUCGCUGUCCUGCUUCAUGCGGCUGCAGUACAACGCCAGCUCCGUGCAGCCGCCCGCCACGCCCGGGGCGCAGCUGCCGCUGACCACGGUGAUUGGAUUCGGCGCCAGCUUGGAUCCAGAUACCGGCGCCUGCACCAUUAACACGGCAGAUGGAACGGGAACCGAUUUCUUCUACGGCCGUUGGAUGGCGGACGUUGUUGCUCUGAAGCUCAACAUGAAGCUUUCAGAGCUUGUGGCUGCUGGCGAGAUUGCCGGCGUGCCGCCGCCGCCACUCGGCGCCCCACUGCUCGGCGCGGCGCUCUUCGGUGCCGCCUGGCCCGAGGCGGAGCCGGGCUCCCCGGCGGCGGCGACGGCGCCUUGCGGCUGCCACAGCGUCGGCGCCACACUGGGCACCGCCGAGGGAUACAUCGGAGGCGCGGACGCGCUACUGACGGAAGCCGACGCGGCGACGGCUGGCGGCUGCGCCGUCGGGCUGACGGAGGUCUACGGCGCGGCUGUGUGCGGCGCUGUGCCGCCACCCGGCCCGCCGCUGCUGUGCACAGCCUUCGCACCGCCGCCGGUGCCCUCCACGCCGUCCAGCCCUAUCCCGCCCAGCCCGGAGCCGCCCACCCCCAAGCCACCCAGCCCUGCGCCGCUGUCGCCGCCGCCUUCGCCCAGUCCCCCGGUGCCUCCCAGUCCGGCGCCUCCCUACCCGCCCUCGCCAAAGCCCCCGGUGCCUCCCAGCCCAGCGCCUCCGUACCCGCCUUCUCCAAAGCCACCCAGCCCGCCGCCGCCUUACCCACCGUCUCCCGAGCCCCCGGUUCCUCCUUCGCCCGCACCUCCCUACCCGCCCUCGCCAAAGCCCCCGGUGCCGCCAAGCCCUGCGCCGCCGUUGCCGCCGCCAUCUCCUCAGCCCCCGGUGCCUCCCUCCCCUGCGCCUCCCUACCCGCCCUCGCCAGAGCCCCCGGUACCUCCCUCCCCUGCGCCCCCCUACCCGCCUUCGCCAACGCCUCCGGUGCCCCCAAGCCCUGCGCCGCCCUACCCGCCAUCCCCCAUGCCCCCGGUGCCUCCCUCCCCUGCGCCUCCCUACCCGCCCUCGCCAACGCCUCCGGCGCCGCCAAACCCAGCGCCACCCCAGCCACCGUCUCCCGAGCCGCCCAGCCCUAGUCCUCCAUACCCGCCAUCGCCCCAGCCUCCGGUUCCUCCUUCUCCUGCUCCUCCUUACCCACCUUCACCGGAGCCGCCUGUGCCGCCCAGCCCAGCGCCUCCCUACCCGCCGAGCCCAGAGCCGCCCAGCCCCGCGCCUCCCUACCCCCCGUCCCCAGAGCCGCCGGUCCCUCCUUCACCUGCUCCGCCGUACCCGCCAUCACCGGAGCCGCCCUCGCCUGCGCCCUUAUACCCGCCCAGCCCAGAGCCGCCCAGCCCCGCGCCGCCCAGCCCAGAGCCGCCGAGCCCGGAGCCGCCCUUCCCGCCCGCCCCGCCCGCGUGCUCCGAGGACUGCGUGGCUCCUGGCACGCCCUGCCCCUUCCUCGUCUACUCAGCCUCCGAGUGGGCAAGCACGUUGGAGCGGACCGACGCCGCAGAGCUGCUGAACACGCUGUGGCCGCUCUUCGCGGAUUUCGAGGAUCUAAUCUGGAUCUUCGGAUCUCGCACCGGCCCGCAUUUCGAAUUCCUGGAUCCGGCCAGCCUGCAGUGCUUCAUGCAGCUUCAGCUGAAUGUCAGCCAGGUGCUCCUGCCCAACGGGACGUCGGUGCCGCCGCCGUCAGAGGUGCUGCCGUUGCCGCUGAGCACCGUGCUCGCGCCCUCGGGUGCCAUUAACGCGGCUGGGCAGUGUGCGCUGACCAACGCGGCCGAGGCGGGCUGGUACAUGGGACCGGUAGCCGCGAACGCUAUGGCUCUCAAGCUGAAUGUGCAGCUCUCGCGCUUCAUUGCCGACGGCGGCUCGGUCCCGCAGCUCAACCUCAGCAGCAGCGGCAGCCCUGUAUCUCUGCACCAGGCCGUCUUUGCGCACGUGUGGCCGCCGCUGCCGACGGACGCACCGGGUGCGGGCACGGGCGCCUGCGGCUGCGCGGGCGUGGCCAUGACGGUGGCGCGUGCCGAGAGCUUUGUGGGCGCGGAGACGGACAUGGGGGCCUCCAUGGAGGACGCGAUCAACGCGGGCGUGUGCGGCGCUGCACUGGUGGAGGUCUACGGAGCGGGCGUGUGCGGCGCCGAGCCCGCAGUCGGGCCGCCGCUGCUGUGUCCCACGCUGUCGCCGCCGCCGGCCCCGCCCAGCCCUGAGCCGCCAAGCCCCGAGCCGCCGUCGCCUGCGCCGCCGUACCCGCCGAGCCCCGCUCCUCCCUAUCCUCCCUCGCCGGCACCCCCGUACCCGCCCUCGCCGGAGCCGCCGCUGCCGCCCUCGCCGGCGCCCCCGUACCCACCCUCGCCGGAGCCGCCGCUGCCGCCCUCGCCCGCGCCCCCGUACCCGCCCUCGCCAGAGCCGCCGCUGCCGCCCUCGCCCGCGCCGCCGUACCCGCCGCCGCCCAGCCCCUUCCCUCCCGCGCCGCCGGCUUGUGACACGGGCUGCGUGGCGCCUGGCCUGCCCUGCCCCUUCACCAUCUACUCCGGCGCCGAGUGGUCAAUCACCUCGGACUUCAGCCUGGCGGCGGCGCUGCUGCGUGCCUACUGGGCGCAGUUCGCGACCUACGCCGACGACCAGAUCUGGAUCUACGGCAUUCCCGACGGCCCGCACUUUGAAUUCCUGGAUCCGGAUUCGCUCACGUGCUUCAUGCAGAUGCAGUACAACGCCAGCUCCGUGCUGGUUCCGGCAUCCGACGCGCCGCCGGCGGCCGUGCCGCUGCCGCUGGACACCGUGGUGGGCUUUGGCGCCGUGCUGUCCGCAGACGACGGCACCACCUGCGUCUUGGCAUCUGCUGAAGAUGCCGGGAAGCUGUACGGCCCCUGGAUCGCAGAUGCCAUUGCGCUGAAGUUGAACAAGCAGUUGGCUGAGCUGGUGGCGGCUGGCGAGAUCGCUGGCCAGGUCCCUGGGCCGCUGCCGCUGGCGGCGGCGCAGUUCGCCAAGUACUACCCGCCGUCGACAAACGCGUCGGCGGCGGAGGCGCGCGCGGGCAUGUGCGGCUGCAGCUCAGUGGAAUCGGUGGUGGCUGCGUCGGAGGCGUUCGUGGGCGGGGCGGAGGGCGCCACGCAGGAGGCCGGUGAGGCGGCAGGCGUGUGCGGUGCCGCUCUGACGGAGGUGUACGGAGUGGAGACUUGCGGCGCGGAGCCAGCCGCUGGCCCGCCGCUGCUGUGCAUGCCGCUGUCGCCACCACCGGUGCCGCCGAGCCCGGAGCCGCCGUCGCCGGAGCCGCCGCUGCCGCCGAGCCCAGAGCCGCCAUCGCCAUCCCCGCCCUACCCGCCAUCGCCGGAGCCGCCCAUGCCGCCCACCCCACCGCCGCCAUACCCGCCCUCGCCCGAGCCGCCUGUCCCACCAAGCCCCGCCCCGCCGUACCCACCGUCGCCUGCUCCGCCCUACCCGCCGAGCCCCGCCCCGCCCUAUCCGCCCUCGCCCGCACCGCCGUACCCGCCCUCGCCUGAGCCGCCGCUGCCGCCACUGCCGCCUGCACCGCCCACCUGCACUGGCCAGUGCUUCGGCCCCUCCAACCCGUGCGCCUACAAUAUCUACGGCGCUCAUGACUGGUCCGACACCUCCUACUCUGCCUGGCCUGCCCAGGCGCUCAAGCAGAGCUGGCCGCUGUUCGCCACCUACCAGGGCGAUGACAUUUAUAUCUUUGGCGAGCCCGACGGCCCCCACCUUGAGUUCCUAGAUCCCGUGUCGCUGCAAUGCUUCAUCAUCAUGCAGUUCAACCGCACCGCCAUAGCGCCGCCGGUGCGCUGGCCGGACUCGGGCGUGGACGGCGACGGUAACAAUGCCACCGCCCGGCUGCCGCUGACCACGGUUAUUGGAUUCGGGGCCAGUCUGGAUCCAGUGACCGGCCGCUGCGUCGCCCACGGCCCGGCGGAUCUGGAUCUGUAUUACGGAGCCUGGAUGGGCGACGCCAUCGGUCUCAAGCUGAAUGUACGGCUGUCGGAGCUGAUUGUGCAAGACCUGCUGACGCCGCAGCGCCCGCACGCGCCGCCGCCGCCCAGCCCGGCACCACCCUCCCCGGUUCCGCCCAGCCCAGCGCCACCCAGCCCGGCGCCGCCCAGCCCGGUGCCACCCUCGCCGUCGCCGCCGUCCCCUCCGCCAUCGCCUCCACACCCACCGUUGCCACCGUCCCCUGCGCCGUCGCCACCAUCCCCUGCGCCAUCGCCUCCACACCCACCGUUGCCACCGUCCCCUGCGCCGUCGCCGCCGUCCCCUGCGCCAUCGCCACCACACCCACCGUCCCCACCGUCCCCUGCGCCAUCGCCGCCGUCCCCUGCGCCAUCGCCACCACACCCACCGUCCCCACCGUCCCCUCCGCCAUCGCCUCCACACCCACCGUUGCCACCGUCCCCUGCGCCGUCGCCACCAUCCCCUGCGCCAUCGCCUCCACACCCACCGUCCCCACCGUCCCCUGCGCCAUCGCCACCACACCCACCGUCGCCGCCGUCCCCUGCGCCAUCGCCGCCGUCCCCUGCGCCAUCGCCACCACACCCACCGUCGCCGCCGUCCCCUGCGCCAUCGCCGCCGUCCCCUGCGCCAUCGCCUCCACACCCACCGUCGCCGCCGUCCCCUGCGCCAUCGCCGCCGUCCCCUGCGCCAUCGCCACCGUCUCCAGCACCGUUGCCACCAUCUCCAGCACCGUCGCCGCCGUCACCUGUGCGGCAGUCACCGCCCUCCCCUGCUCCGUCGCCGUCGCCAGUGCGGCAAUCGCCACCUCUACCGCAGCCGACAAUGUCCCGUGUGUUGCGGCGGCGGCUGCUGGAGUUGGAGUCCAUGCCGCCCUCAGCGGAAGCCCCCAGUGCGCUGCCGCUGUUCGGCGGUGAUAACGACACGAUUGUCAUUUCGCCCCGGCCACCUCAGCCGCCGCCGCUGUACAGCGCUUUCUUCGGCCAGGUGUGGCCGGCGCUGCCGCCGGGCGCUCCGGGCGCUGGCAUGGCCGCUUGCGGCUGCGAGGGUGUGGCCUAUGUUGUGGCGCGCGCGGAGAGCUUCGUGGGAGCCGGCAAUGAGGGCGCCACCCUGGCUGAGGCCAAGUCAGCAGGCAUGUGUGGCGCCGCGCUGGUGGAGGUGUUCGGAGCGGACGUGUGCUGGCGCACGCCGCCGCCCGGGCCGCCGCUGCUGUGCGCCGCCCCGCCAGCGCCGCCGCCGAGCCCAGAGCCGCCUUCACCGGAGCCGCCCAGCCCGUCGCCGCCGUACCCGCCGUCGCCGGAGCCGCCGCCGUACCCGCCCUCGCCGGAGCCGCCGGUGCUGGAGCCGCCGCCGCCGCCGCGGUCGCCACGCCUGCGGCCACCGCCGCCGUCGCCGCCCAGCCCCAAGCCGCCGCGCCGGCCGCGGCCGCCGCCUCCGGACGCCCCGCCACCUCCGGACGCCCCGCCGCCGCCGCUGCCGCCCAGCCCACGGCCACCUCGUAGCCCGCGGCCGCCGCCACCGUCGCCGGCGCCGCCGCCAGAUGUGCCGCCGCCUAGCCCCAAGCCGCCGCGCCGGCCCCGGCCGCCGCCGCCGGACGCUCCUCCGCCGCCGCCUGAGGUCUCGCCGCCACCGCCGCCCAGCCCCAAGCCUCCCCGCAGCCCGCGCCCGCCGCCGCCGUCCUCGCCGCUCCUCUUCUCUCCACCGCCGCCGCCGUCUGGUAGCGGUCAAACCAAUGAGUUCCCCUUUUACAAGUGCUACCCGAAGCAGGGUAUGCCGUACCAACUGGCUUUGAGUCAACAGUAUGUGGACAACGCGGGCCUCAACCGCUACUGCUUCCGCUUCAACCAGAUCACGUGCAACCAGAACCAGAACCUGUGCUGCAACAUGUACUUUGAGAAAACCGAGUUUCUUAUUGACCCGGUGUGCAUCAACACCUUCCAGAACACGACGGUCAACGGCAACACCGUGUUCGCCUCCUUCAACACCUAUGAUCGCGGCACUGCCUUUUACAGCAUCGCCAAAAUCCGUUUGGGCUUUGACCAGGCCACAGCGAACAACUCGGAAUUUUGCUUCAGUCUCAACAACGUGUGCAGCACGCUUCAGUCAUUGUGCGCGGGAGAUUCUUGUAUGUACACGAUCUCGAACACUGCGGACCCCGCGUGUUGCCCAGUCACUACGCAAGUGUGGUGGUGAUGCGGUGACAGUUGACAUGAGCGAGGCGUGGUGAGGAGCGGGUGUCCAUGACCUCGCCGUCUUUGAGGAUUUGGCUUUGACAUUGAAGCGCGCCUGAUGCCGCGACGCGCUGUGCUGUGACUGUUGUGUCGGAGAGGUGUUGGAGGCCGUGCGCUGCGCACAUGCACAGGUCCAUACAGCAAUGUGCCGUGUGAGACCUGUGGCGUGCGCUUGGGGGCAGUGGCCUCCGUACCGUACAUACGUGUUGUGACUGCGAUUUGGAUGAUGACGUUGCUGACUCCUCUCUAGCAUCCGAGAGGUUACAGACGCUUGCGGACUUAGCCCUGCAAACGGGCUGCCCCGAAGCUCAAAUGCGGCUGCGGGGCCCACGCGGGAGCACUGGAGCAGCGCCCUACACGGGUGUCGCCUAGGCGUGGACAGGACUGGAUGCCAUGUGUGCAGAGUUGAUGACCAACACAGUGCAAUUCGCCGGGCCGCGUGCAUGGUUGACUUUGAGGUCCGAAACUGUAAAGGAGAAGCGCGUGCGAGAAUGACGGUCUGCCCAAGAGGCGGUCAGGAUUUGUGUGUAUAUGUGUGUGUGUGUCUGUGUGUGUGUGUGUAUAAUGUGUCACUUACUUCAAUAUGCCCCGCGCUGCUGGUGUGUGUUCCCCAUGCCAAGCACGAGAGGGUCAUCCGGGCGUGUGACGCGUGUGCAUGCAUAAGUAAGCUUCCCGCUCCAGGAUUGGAGGGGCGGCGUGUCCGCAACCUGCGGCGACGUUUGCAAGGUGUGCCACUGCACGCACCCACGGUGCACCAACCCUCACACGUCAUUUUUGCGUUUGCCAGCGCAGCGGCCGCGGCCCCGUGCCCUUGCUGCUCCUAUUCGCGUGGGUGUGUGGGCCUUGUACCCAUUGAAUCGGGGUUCUUUACGUCUUAAGCUCUUUCUACUUUCUUACUUUUGGGGGGGGAAUGGUCGUGUCUUCACUUACUGUGGCGCGGGUUCGUUGCGCGUGGGGGCCCUUUCCUACGGAAGAACCGAACAACGGAAAUGCAUUUGCACGGUGCACUGUAUGUAACAUUGCGACACGAGGGGGGACUCGUGCGCGUGGCUGCACGCAUGUACAGCUUGUAACGCAUAAUUAAU